GUGCAUUGCUUAAAAGUCUUGUGUUGGAUUACCACGCAGAGACUUCCAACAGAGAGACACCUCUAGUCAAAGUACCACUCUGUGCGGCAGGAAUAUCUUACCUAACUCAAAAGAACCUCUGUCCGUCAGGAUGCACUGCUCGAACAGGACCCAUCUGGUCAAUGCGCACUGCGAUGUGGCCGAGGACAAUAGAAGAGACAGGGAGCAUUACGAGUCGGAGUGGCUCGAGACGAGACCGCGGGGAAAAAUUACUCUGUCGGAGCACGACACCGUAAAGAAAGAGAGCUAUGAACAAGAACUGGUGACCAACUUCCGGGUGCAGAGAUUCCCCGAGCAGAAAAUCGGGGUGGGUAGACAAGGGGAGAUGUCUAAUCAGUUGCCUUACAAGAAUGUCCUCCCCAUGCCCCUAUUCUUGCCCAGGAAAGCAGUACCGUUCAAGGGCUCUGAACAUACAUAUACCCCUGCCGAAUCCAGGCCUAUAAUGGAGUUUGAGCAGCCACUAUCCAGUGGCGUGUGUAGGGAUAAACAAGCGGUCUCUCAAAUUACAAAAGGUCUGCCAAAAGUCAUCAAUCCCAUGGGCAAUUCCACAGGGUCUUUUCAGGUCCCUCAACUGGGCAGGUCUGCUCGCAUCCAGCGGAAACCUUGGUGAUGUCGCCAAUAUGGAAAUCUGCGAAUGGGCAAACAUAUCAAACAAAUGCAAUUGCCAAUUGUGGAUUGACUUUCUGGAGCGCUAGUGCCUGUUAUUGGUUUAAAAAAUGGAAUGAAGCAUCCCCAGUU